AGUUUAACGUCAACGUCGGCGGCAUCAAGACAAUAUACACACAACAACACAGGCCAAUCCAUAUCAAAAAAUUAAAAAAAAAGCAAAAAUAUAGAGAAAGAGAACCAGAUAAAUGUACCAAUCGGAACAUUUUCGACAGCGAUAAAGGAACGAGAACGGAAACGAUUACGAAAAGAUCGAGAUUAAUGUCAGCGAGUAUAAAAACGCGAGUGAACGUGGAACCUAGCGAAUCAAAACGGAACAAAUCGGGAAAAAACGGAAAAAACGCUACGUAACGGGAUUCGCCUUAGUGUUUUUGUUGUUGUGCCAUAACCUUUUAGUGAGAGUGUCAAGAGCAAGGUCCAAAAACAACAGAUAGAUACUGCAGUCGGACUCAUACUGCUCGGAAUGCUUAAUAUAAGACCUAAAUAAUCGCAUUGAUAUAUUUCGAAAAAAUUUAUUUAAAGACUCCUUAAACUCAAUAUAAAGAUCGCCCGACUUUCGAACGGACCGAGAUGCAGAAGCGUCUUGCCGCGGUGAAAUAGUGUACGUGUUUGUGCGGUGUCCGUGCGUGGCAGUUCGUGUCUGGUCCUCAAUUGCCUCCGUUUUGUCAUCCGCCAUCCAACACCCACAAUUCCAACUACCAGGGGAUUCUACGAGCCAUUGUGAAUCUGGAUCUUUAGCGCAAAUUGAGAUAACUCUCGCCGUCUCACUUAAGCCGAGCUAAAAGAGACUAAAGGCAAAGAAAAGAAAAAGAGAUAAAAAAGGAAGGCAAAAGAAACGAGAAUAAAAGAAAGGCUAGGGAGGCGAGAGAAACGCGAAAAUAUAACGGCAAAGUAAGGAAAGAGAAAAUCAACACCAUUGAAGUGGGGAUUGAGAUUGCGCUUCAUACAACGGCGCAUCGCAGUUUACGAGUGUCCAUCACCACUACAACACCGUGCAGCAAUGGAAGACUAUUGGGGUCUUAGCAGCACUACGGAUAUCAAUUGCACUCAGCCCGCCAUCGAUGAUUUCCCCAGAGACCUGUUCUCGGAGGCGCAAAGGCAGUCCGGUGCUGUUGUACUUCAUGUUAUAGCCAGUUUAUAUUUAUUUGUAGCCUUAGCCGUAGUGUGUGAUGAGUACUUUGUGCCAGCAGUUGAGAAAAUAUGUGCAGCACUCAACAUGUCCAAUGAUGUGGCGGGGGCCACGUUCAUGGCUGCGGCCACCUCCGCCCCAGAGCUGUUUGUUAACGUGAUAGGCACCUUCAUCACGGAGGGCGAUAUCGGAGUGGGCACGAUCGUCGGAUCGGCGGUAUUCAACAUCUUGGCGGUGGCCGCCUGUUGCGGCAUCGGAGCUGGAAUGACCAUACCCCUGGACUGGUGGCCACUGACACGGGACAGCAUUGCCUACGGAGUCACGGUGGCCAUUCUCAUCUGUGUUAUGCACGACGAGCGCGUCGAGUGGUACGAGGCACUCAUCCUCGUUUCCCUUUACGCCGUCUACCUGGCGGUCAUGUAUUUCGACAAAACAUUCCAAAAGUGCGCCAAAGGUGGCGUUAAGCAGGCUCGUUCGCGCAGCAGGUCCUCCAACUGCAGCAUACACACAAAGAACAGCAAUGAAAAGGAACCAGAGCUCGUAGAGAAUCGCAUUUGCCAAAACAUGGCCAACAUUCAGCUGAAUGGAGGACUCAACAAUGACCAGGCAAAGGCUACGGGUGCCACCAGUGGCGGCACCAACACUAUUUCAUUCACCACCUCAACCAUGACCACCACGAUGGGCACCACGACCCAAGCAAGCGGAGAAGGAGGUGCGCCAGGUGAUGUGCCGUCAGGACCAGGGGUCAUUGCCCAGAUGGCAACACUUGACGGUGGGGAGGCAGAAUCACAGCAAGCUGUGACAGCCGCCGGCGAGGAUCGCGAGGAAGAGGGCUACUCCCUGCUCACUUACCCAAAGGAGAAGAGCUGUUUCGCCCAGUUCACCUGGCUCAUCAUCUGGCCUAUCCACCUGCUAUUUCGCAUCGCCAUCCCUGACUGCAAGAAGGCCAAGAACAACAAGAUUUUUCCGCUUACCUUCAUCAUGUGCAUCGUCUGGAUCGGCUCGCUGUCCUAUGUGGUUGCGUGGAUGAUAACCAUUAUCGGUGACACACUUAAGAUACCUGAUUCGGUGAUGGGGAUUACGUUCCUGGCGGCUGGAACCAGUGUUCCUGAAGCGGUGUCCAGUGUGAUCGUGGCGAAGCGCGGUCACGGAUCGAUGGGGAUCUGCAACUCGAUUGGGUCGAACACCUUCGACAUCCUGCUGUGCCUGGGGGUGCCAUGGCUGAUCAAGGCCGUCUUCUUCCCGAUCCAGCCGGGCCAGAACUACGUGGCAAUAAAUUCGGCCGGGUUGGAGUACUCGGCGAUCACUUUGCUCUCGACGCUGUUCUUGCUUUACCUAACCUUCUCUACGAACAAGUUCAAGCUGGAUAAGAAGGUGGGAACCGCCUGCCUAGUGAUGUAUCUUGUCUUUAUGGUUUUCGCCUCCCUCAUUGAACUCAAUGUGUUCUUUCGCGUCAACCUGCCCACCUGCGGUCGAUCAUGAGAUGGAUUUGCGUUCGAUAACUGCGCGAUAUACGAAGGCCGACUUGUGAAGUAUGAUGUGUGGAUGAACGAUUUACCAUUUUAGAUGAAUGGAUGGUGUGGAGAAAGACCAGGCAUUUAGUGCUGGUUAAGUUUUCCGUUUCAGCGUCCGGCAGCUAGCUGGAAAACCCUGAGUGCAGUCGUUUAAUUAAUUAAAAUGUAUUUUCUGUUCUAUUCUAUCUACCAUGAUAGUUGAGUUACGGUAUACGUUAUGCUGUUAUUGUAAUAAUACUUUUUUUUAUUAUUAUUAUUAUUAAAGUAGACUCAUUUACGACCUUCGGUUAAAAACCAAACGAAAAAUUGAAAAUAGAUGAGAAGAAAUGAAAAGAGUAACAAAGUAAACGAAGGGAAAAACAAAAACCAAAACCAAACUAAAAAAUUUAAUAAUGUAUUUAUAUGAUUAAUAUAUAUGAGAUUUAACAAA